AUGUCGGACACUACACUACAAAGUGGAGUUCAGAUUCCACCUAUCAACGCCGUACCGACUUUAUCAAUCAUAGGACAUGCACCAACCUCGGUUCUUGGGAGCACAAUUGCGCUCUGCAUCUUCUUAGGGAUUGCUUUAAUACUCGUGAUGAUGCGGGUCUAUGUUAGACUGACCCGAGCCGGCCGUUUCUUCCUGAACGAUUACUUCUUGCUCGUCGGUGCGUCUAUGGCAACUGUUUUCACCGUCUGUACAAUCAUAAACUUCUUCCAAGGAGUUGCUGGUCAUCAUUUGCUUGAGGUGUUCGAGCUUGUGCCUGAAAGAUUGACUUUGUCUACAAAAUUGACGAUGGUAUCCGAAUUUUGUUGGGUGUUCAGCGUUGUCUUCCUCAAAUUCUCAAUUCUUCACCUGUAUGUUCAAGUAUUUGGAGUAGAGAAACGUUUCCUCUGGACAGCAUGGAUACUGGCAGCUUUUGUAGCCAUAAUAGGAGUCCUCGCCUUGUCUUUCACUGCAACAAAUUGCCAACCUUUCUCUGCCUAUUGGACUUUGGCCGGACAUUGCGUUGAUUUCAAGCCUUCCUUUCUAGCGACUGGAAUCCUGAAUUUAGUCGUGGACAUCUUGAUUUUGAUUCUGCCGUUGCCCAAAUUAUUACGGUUGAAUAUGCCAAUGAGGAGGAAGUUUGGUCUGUUUUUCAUUUUUGGUAUUGGAUUCGGUAUUUGUGGAAUCAGUGCAUGGCGCAUUCAAGUCAUUACAGACUACGAUUUCCUUGACCUAACCUACAGAAUUCAAUAUCUCGGCUUAAGUACCGGUUUGGAGAUACUCCUUGGCGUAAUCAUAGCUUGCAUUCCAAUCGUGCAUCCAACUCUCUGCCAGCCACUUGUUUUCUUCCUUAGCCUCGGAACACGCCUUAUAUCUUUUACACGAAGCAAAGGAACUACCGACGUACUUUCGAAUGAUCUCCCAGCUCUCAAUACCAGCAAGAACUUGGGAUAUUCGAAGACAAAACUCAGUGAGAGUCAAUUGGACAGGAAGAAUUUUAAGAAAUUGUAUAAUCAUUUGUAUCCUAUGUCGGAUUUGAAUGUUAAGAGCCAAUCUACCUGUGCUGCUGGAGAUGUUACUAGUAGUAGGUCAGAUCUCGUUGAGGAGAUAGGGGGUGAUGUUGAGGUUGUGAGAGAGUGGAAUGUGCAAUAUUCUGCCGAGCACGUGUGA